AUGCUCAAUAUUCGCUAUGAUUCACCGGCUCUUGAUGAGAUUGAUAUUGAUGGCAAACUCGUGCAGCUUUUCAAUUGUCGAAUUCUUCAAAAUGAUUCGCUAAAAUUCAAUCAUUUAUGGAUUCGUGAUGGUAAAAUCCUGUCUGAGGAGGAUAUUUUCUUCGGUGAGAAGAAACAUGCGGACGUUCAAAUCGAUUGCUGCGGUCUAAUACUAUCUCCAGGCUUUAUUGAUGUUCAAUUGAAUGGCGGUUUCGGCGUCGAUUUCUCAACGUACAACUCGAAUGACGUGGAAUAUUCGCAAAAUUUGGCGCACGUGGCGAAAAACCUAUUGGCGCAUGGUGUGACGAGUUUCGCGCCAACCGUGAUUACAAGCGCGCCGAGCAUUUAUCACAAGAUUCUCCCAUUGCUCAAACCGACAAAUGCAUCGGACGUCGGCGCUGGCAUUCUCGGAGCGCAUUUAGAGGGACCAUUCAUCUCGAAGGAGAAACGCGGAUGUCAUCCGCCGCAUUUGGUUGUGUCCUCAUUUGGAAGCCAACCGGUCAAGGUUAUUCAAGAGACCUAUGGAUGCACAAAAAAUGUGGCGAUUGUGACGCUGGCGCCGGAAUUGGAGGGCGCGCGCGAGGCGAUCAAAACGCUCGCCGAGCGCGGCGUCGUCGUUUCCGUCGGACACUCAUCGUCGAAUCUCGAGCACGGCGAAACGGCGGUGAACAACGGAGCGCGAAUGAUCACGCAUUUGUUCAACGCGAUGCAAUCGUAUCACCAUCGAAACCCGGGAUUAAUUGGAUUGUUGACGUCGGAGAAGAUUGAGAGCAAAAUCCAUUAUGGAAUCAUCUCCGAUGGCAUUCAUACGCAUGAUUCGGCGUUGAGGAUUGCGUAUAGAACGAAUCCGGAAGGGAUGAUACUCGUGACGGACGCGAUCGCCGCAUUGGGAAUGCACGACGGCGUUCAUCGGCUCGGCGAGCAGACGAUCAUUGUCAAUGGUCUUCACGCGAUACUCGACGGCACCAACACGACGGCUGGCAGCGUUGCUAGUAUGCCGUAUUGCAUUCGACACUUGAUCAAGGCGACGGGAUGCUCGAUCAAAGAUGCCCUUAUUUGUGCGACGGAGAAACCAGCUCGCCUCCUUGGAAUUGACAACGAGAAGGGCGUUUUGGGUGUGGGCAGAUUGGCGGAUUUUGUGCUCAUCGACGACGACAUCAACGUCAAAUCGACAUUUUGUAGUGGAAAACGCGUUUUUCUUGACCGCUUGAAUGAAUAA